GCAAGGAGAGAGGGGGCUCACCAGGAGCCCUCCCUCCUGAUGGCAACUAGCCAGCACUGCUGGCCAUGCUCCUGAAGCAUUUUGUUUGCAGGAUGAGCACAGAGGGAAGAGGAGCAUCCGGCUGGUGAGCAUGGGCAGAGAUUGCAGAGUCUCUGAGGAGGUUUCCAGUACACUUUUCACCGGACUCCAAAUACAAAGAUGAUCCUGAUGAUUGAAAGGAACAGCAUCGAAUGAUUUAUGCAGGUAGAGGAAAAUGUGAUUUGGAGACGUAGACAUGCCUGGAGUGUGAUCAUGGAGGCAGAGAUUGGAGCGAUGCAGCUGCCAGCUGAGGAAUGCCAAGGGUUGAUGGUCACCAUCGGAAGCUAGAGGAGGCAAGGGGGCUCUAUCUGGAGUCUCAGAGGGACAGCGGCCUUGAUUUUGGACUUCUUGCCUCCAGUAAGUUGGCAAGAAUUUCCAAGGCAUCUCAUCAACAACUUCUGAUAAAUGAGGAAGUGGAGGCUGAAUUGUAGUUCCACAGCAUCGGGAGCCAGAAGCGGGGUGGAAAUCCAAGUCUUCCGGAUUCCCAGCUCCGUGAUUCGUGCCUGUCACAUAUUUGGGACCAAAAGCCUCCUGUCUGCGGGAUUCACAACAGUCGAGGCUAUGAUUGACAUGGUGGCCCUAGCAAGUGCACAGGUCUGGACACCUGGGCGGCGGGACCUGGCUCUCUCGCCUUGGGUCCGUUCGGCCCAUUCUGUGGAUGGAUCAGGUGAAGUGUGGCUCCUGGGGCUGCUGGCUGCUUUCCAGGGUGCGGUUGCCGAGCAUGUGAAUGAGGCUUUCCUGAGCCAUAGCUGCCACAGCUUCCACAGAGCGUGCUGGAGGAACCCUCGCAUGGAAACUAAGGGCGCCAGAGGCGGAGUUGGAGAUGUGGUUAAGUUUCCUGGAGAAUCCGGAAGGAUACACCCGUUCCUCUCCCAUAGCACAGAGUUGUUCUGUGCACUUGGAUCAGCCUCCACAACUUCCCUCCGGGACAGGGCAUCCAUCACCAUCUCCUGCCUGGACAGUAGCAAACACUGCCCCUGUGACUUCCUGGUGCCAUCCUUAGCUCCUUUCCGUCCAUUCUCCAGCGGUUGCCAGAGUGAGCUUGAAGAACGUGUGACAUGCCCUUCAGAAUGUUCUACUUCCUGUUCCAGAAGGACAGCCCCUCAUGCCUUCCCGCGGGCCACACGCGACCCCUUCCUCAGCGCCCCAGCCUGGCAUCCUCUUCCUGCAUUCAGCCUUCUUUUCCGAGGGUGUCAUCCUGCUGGAAGGCAGAAGGAUUCCCUGGAACCUGGGGGCCAGCAGGACAGAGGAAACAGAAAGUACAUGACCGAUGAUGUCUUUUGACCACAGAAAGGGCUGGAAGAAGCAGGGGACCCACUGUUUGAAUAAACCCAGUGGAAAAACAGAAGCCCCAUUUCAUACUUGACUCAGCUCUUCAAGUUUAAAUCUUGAAUCUCCUCAACUACACGGAACAGUGUUUCUCCCAAGUCAUCUGACACCCACUCUGUUCUCUGGAUCAUUCCUUCCUAGAGAACCUUGCUCUUGGAGGCCUGUGAUCUGCUCUCACCCACUUGCCUUUCUGACCCACUGAGUGCAUCUCAACAGUCAUUUGGGGUGAUCUGAUCUGACCAGGAAGGGUUGGGUGGCUCGUGGAGCUUGGGAAGCACUCUCACUGUGGCGGUUCCCAUUGGUGGUCACGGGGUUGCCACAGUGAGCUACAUUUCUACCCUCAUCUCUCUGUAGGUUACUGUGGAAUCUCUGACUGAGGACCCAUGGGCUCACCCAAUGUGAUAAAGUCCUGAAGCCCAGCCAAGACAUCCGACCCCAGUUGCAGGGCUUUCCAAUAGACAGACGCAUAGAACUUGAGAAGAAAUUGACUUAGAAACCCGAAGUUGGAAAACUGGUUGCCUGACAUUCCGUGCAAGACUGAAUCUCUGAGGCACGAAGGCUGUGUAACUUUGGGAACAUGUCUUUUCCAGCCUACGUAGACCCCAGGAAACUUUGCAGUUGUUCCCCAAGUAUGGACGGAGUCAAACUUGAUGUCCUUUCAUCCCCCCAUCCCAUCCCCUAAUCCAUAUCCUUUGGAAAUUUUAGAGUGCCAGGCCUCAUGUAAAUACACCGAAAACAAUUUAAGUCAUUUAUGUUCUACUAAGCCAAGAGUUCUUUAGUGGUGGAAGAAGAUGGGGUCUUACACGAAUGGAAGGGUCUUGGCUAUUUGCAUCGGUAUCAAGGGAAGGACUAGAUGCUUGCACUAAAAGAAAAAGCUGAGGGAUGGGGGCAGGACGCGGGAAGCUGGGACCCAAGCCCCACCUUCCUGAGUUGGAAGGUGACAGGUAGACUCCUGCUUGUUUGCAGGAGAGGCCUGGCAGAGGAGGUGGGUACAGGACAUUGGUAAGUGGAUUGAAUAAUGUCCCCCCCAAAUUCAUGUCUAACCAGAAGCUCAGAAUGUGACUUUAUUUAGAAGCAGGGUCUUUGCAGAUGUCAAGAUAAGGUCAUAGUGAAUUAGAGUGGCCCCAAAUCCAAUGCCUGCUCUCCUUCUAGGAAGGGGAGAGAGACAGGGAGAAUGCCACGUGAAGCUAGAGGCAGAGAUGAGGGCGGUGCAGCCACGG